AUGGAGAUGCAACCAAUAUACUCAGACCCUCCACCAAAGAUUGAUGAGAGCGAAUUAGCAUACAAAGAAAUACAGAAUGCCUUUUACGUUGUUAAGAACAUUAAUGGUCAAAAACUUCCUGAUGAGAAAUGGUUAGACCCAAUAACUAAAGCAGGAGAAAGAUUCAUUAUGUUUAACAUUGACCAAUACAGUCCAAGAGGAAAAGAUUACUUCAACAAGAUGUUUCCAAGAGUUAUGGCAAAGUUCAUUGGACAGAUAGACCUUUUCAAACAGAAGUGGACAUUCUAUUACGACUUUGAUGAGAAGAGAAACAUUUUGCGUCAUUUGAACAUCAAUACAAUGGGAUCAUUAGUUCAUCAGUUACUUAAUGAAGCUCCAAUAGCAGAAGUACAAGAAUUAGCAUCUAAAGUCCUUGAAUCAAACUAUGACUUCUUCCUUUGUAGUAUUCCUUCGUUAAGGAAGAUCGAGAUCUUUGACUAUACAGCUUAUUCAGAUGUUGAUGCUUCUGCUUUGAGAAAAGGAACGUACACACCAUAUAAACUCACAGCUGAAGAACAAGUUAUGUUAGAUACGAUGAGAGCAGCAGGUCAAGAAAAGAUCGCACUCAAGAUCAUCAAACAAAACCAUUCAAAGAAGAGAAACAGGUCACGUAAUGGUCAGCUUUGGACAUGGACAUGCAAAUUACCUAUUAACUUAGAGAGGUAUCAGAUCUUCAACGAACUUAAUGCAGAGACAGCAAAGAAGAUGAUGAAAGAUUCAUGUUUCAUCUACGCUUGUAUUCAAGCUGGUGUUGACGAAGCAACAAUUAAUCAUAUGAGGGAAAUCAUUCGUGUCAAAGAUUUUCCAAUGUCAAAGAUUAAGGUUAUUGCCAAAGAAACAGGAAUAAGGUUCCAUGUCAUCAAAUACAACGAGAAGUAUUCAAAUCAUUCAUAUACUUAUGAACCAGAUGAAGAACCAAAGAUGACA